AUGAUAACUUCUCUUGGAUUUUUUAUACUCUUUAGUCUAUUUUGGCUUAUUUUUCUGGCAUGCAGAAGCUUCAUCAAUAUGUAAGUUAAUACCACUGUUUGUUGAAUGCAAAUGAACCGUAUCGUGACUCCAUGAGUAUUUGUAUAUAUCUUUUAGUUGACUCCCGUAUUUAUAAUGCGCGAAUCAAAUCGAAACCUUGACAUCCCCCCCCCGGGCAUACCCCCGGGAAUUUGGAUUUUGACGUUUUGGUCAGGUCAAAUUCCCUACAUAUAUUUGUAAUUCCCGUUCAAAUACACCACGUAUUGGGAAAAAUUGGAGUUCAAAUACCCCACCCCAUGUACGAAUUGGAAGCUACAGCAUUUUGCAAUUUUGGAAUUUCAAAGUUUUUCUUUCCUUCAAAAACUCUCUUCAAUCGUUCAAAGCCGUUUUCUUGUAGCCAACCAAGGACAAAGUUAAUUCCUUUGCACUUGAAGACCUUGAACUCAUCCAUUAAUUAUUGAUGCCAUUUUGGAUUCUGCACACGUGUUUAAAAGAAAAAUUCAAAUUCCCGACCCCCUUCAAAUUCCCCACCUUCCACUAGAAAAAAAGGUCAAAUUCCCGCCUUCUUAAAAUACUAAACAAGCAAAUUCCCCAGGUAUGCCCGGGGGGGGGAUGUCAAGGUUUCGAUUUGAUUCGCGCAUAAGAUACACAUACUGUACUGUUUUAUUCAUAAAUUAAUACUGUGUACAUGCUUUUUUAUUUUUUGAGGUUUAGUCACUUGACCUUUUGCUCACACCGGCUUAACUAGCAAAUUAUUGCCAAUAAUUGCAAAUUAUUGCCAACAAUUAUUGCCAACAAUUAUUGCCAAACAAUAGGAAGGGAUCGUUUGUUUUAUAAAGUUGUACUUUGGCUUUGUAUAGUGUCACUUUGGGCUAAUUGCGCAAAUAUUGUCUGAGGUGCAAGCUCCAUUUAAUGUGGAUGACUAGUUUUUGUGAGCCAUGAAACUGAUUCUAUGGCUUACUUUUGUUUUAAAAGCUAAUUCCAACACUGAGUAUUUAGGCUUGUUAAUCAGUCCUUAUAUAGUCAUGCGUUUCCAGAAGAGCAAAUUAGUUAUGAAUCGAUCUAACCUUGAAUGACCUUGACUUUGGAUAAAUCGUGAUAUUGUUGGUAUAUGGUUCAUGCAGACAAGCAAGUUUAACUUGACAAUUUGUCAAUUUCCGUGGCAUGCUCAACAAAUGCCUGUUAGUAUUGAAGGAGUAAAACAGAUGCGUUUACAUCUCUGAAAAUCGGGAGGUCCAGUUGAGAGGCAUGAAAUUUCCUUUUGCUUCGACAUCUUUGUGGGCCUGCUGUGUCUGCACGCCCGGAUCGCACGUCACUGGUGGAAGUUUCAUUCGAAAUUUAGCAUACUUUAUGACAACAAUUGCCCGAACAUUUUUUCGAAUCUGUUCACGACUUUGGACAUGCAGUUUUCUACAGGGACGUAUUUUAAUGCAGAUUUUAUGUAUUAUUCUGUUUCAGGUAAUUUAUUAUAAAUAAUAAUACAUUUUUUAUCAUGUAAUUUUUUUGCCAAUCAGAUGAAAAACUGAUUUGUCUUCUUUUCAUUUGUUUCAUUAAUGAUAAAAUCAUACAAUAGGGAGUAUAAAUUUAAAAUUGGGAGGUAAUUAAGUCUAGAAGUUGGAGGCCUCCCGAUGAAAUUGGGAAAGUUGGAAGCUCUGGUAAGAACCUAGUGUUGCCACUUCCUUCUCACAAGGAAAACAAAGUACCAAAUAUGCAAAAAAUUUUAUUUCCGACCUACCGGUACCGACCGUAAUUUUUUCACGAUAUGAAACUGGAACCACAGGUAUUUUUUUUUACGACCUACCUAAUUUUAUUUAUAUAAUAAGAAAACCAUGGAUCAUUUUUGUUCAGCGAUGUUACAGCUUGAAGUGGUGUAUAUAAUAACCAUGUGUGUCCCCGCCUCCCUACAAGUGACUCUCACUCAGUAAGUCGGGCAAUUCCAGAAGAAUUUGACCCUAUAGCUCCUAUAUGUACACUGACUCACCAAGGCAAAAAAAACAGGAAACUUAACCCUUUGAGCACCAAGUGCUCUCCCCUUGAUGAGUAAAAAGAAAUAUUAAUUAGUGACUGAAAUGGUGUUAGCAAAUGCGCUACUACACCCCUGCUUUAGCCUCUUCACGACGUCCCUGCUGCCAAUCACCCACAGUGUUAACUACAGUCACAAUGCCGUUUUCCCAAUUACAUUUAACUAGCAAUUUCCCAAUUUAGAUCUGCUAAAAAUAACAUACCUAUUAAUUGGAAAGGAGGUAAAAAUACAAGAUUGUUUAACUUUGAACAAAACUUUGCUCAAGAAGAAUUGGGAACUUGCACUUUGAACAAUUAAGGUUUAAAUUUAGCCUCUGAGCUUAUAGCUGCCUUGUGUCAGUUAAAGACACACAUCAUUUAGACCUGCAUAUAGUUAACUAAAGUAAUGUCUAAAUGUCUAAAGUAAUGACUGAAUUUCCCAAUUUCAAUAAAUUGCUCGAAUUUUUUUCUUCUGGUUGUAUGUGAUUGUAAUAUUCGGCGUUCUAAGUGACAGUCAACACAAGUUUAAAAUGGCCAACCAAGUUUAUUUACAACAUAUAUAUAGAUAAUUAAGUAACAUAUUAAUUAUUCAUGCACAUAAUUAACUAUUAUUACAUCUUCCUUUUUUUUUCAAAUUGUUUUUUCUCGAACAGUUAUAACGUCUAUACCUAUUAAUACUAAAUGUCAGUAUAACUGGAAAUGUCAAUAAUUAUAAAUAUCACUUACUAAGCUACCAUUACGAAUUAUUUUAAAGUCAAUAUCACAAAUUCAACCUAUCUGGUUUCUUUACCAGUCGUCCUGAUCUAGUAUUAGUUAAUUGUUUCCCAUGUUCGACAUCAUUUACCAUUCUACAAUCCUGUUUAUCAUUUAACGGUAACUGAUCUCGCUGCGGUAGUUUUUCCACUGCUACAUCAUCUGAUUCUUCUGAAAUUUCUUCCGGUUCUUCCACUUUCAACAAAUGUCUCCUAUUCCUCCGAAAUAUACCACUCAAGGUCUUAACUUGAUAUGAUCUUGAAUAGUUGGUUUCCUCCACGACUAUUCCCUUUUUCAAAAAUCCUUUUUCCUCUUGAAUUCUUACCACAUCACCUUUCUUUAACGCUGGUAAAAUUUGUGACUUCUUAUCAUAAGCCUUUUUCUGUAAAUGUUUGUAAUGCUGUAAACGGUCUUGCACUUUCUCUGGACAUACUACUCGGGGUACCAAAAGUUCUUCCGAAUAUUGAAAAAUAAAAUAUUGACGAAUUUCAGAAAUUCCAGACUUCCAGGUCAUGGAUUUUGAAAAAAAUGUUCUAACAAUACAUUUAUUUCAAUAGUUUUCGUUUUUUUGGGGACACCCUGAUAAGUAACAUGUUAAUUAUUCAUGCACAUAAUUAACUAUUAUUACAGUGAUCACACCUUGAAUCUGCCACGCAAUCGCUCAUCAUCAAUUGCUCUGGGACCCGUAAUUAGCCUGGGAACCCCAGCUUUUGCCAAAUGUUAACCCAAAGAUAUGUUACGCCAUGCCCUUGAUGCAAUGUACAAAAAACUAUGAAUAUCUUAAUUUGGUGGCAAAAUUUGGGAGAUAAAUUAUGCAUAAUCUCAAGUCCAGUAGUCCAUUGAAAUACUCAGCUGAGGCUUAACAUUAUGUCACAAAACAAGCAACCAACGGCAAUUUAUUGCAUAUAUCACAUCGAAAAGAUAUGAAAAAAUUAGCUCGAAAUAAUAUAUGCAUGUGUGGGGUUAAAGAUUUCUUCGAUCUUCAUGAUUGCACCUUCGAUGCAUACUACGUAGUACUUGCCAACUGCCAAGUAUGCCAAAGUUAGUGCCGAGGUUUCCGCAAUAAUUUUCGAAACAAUUUAAUGGGCCAAGGCAACCUCCCAAUAUUUUGUGUGUCAAGUUGAACUCAGCCGUCGCUAUAGUGUUUAUGCUCCUCGUUCAGCUUGAAAUUGCAACCUACACUUUAUUAGUCCUAGUCUUCGUGCUGUAAAGUAUAGAUAUCGGAAAUAGAAUUAAGUCUAAACCUUCGGAUCUCAACCAACUACACUCUGGCAGAGUGCCGUACAGCAUUUAUAACAUUCUUUUGCCUUUAGCUAUAUGAACUUUUUUGACUGGAAUAUAAGAUAUAUUUUCAAUUUGUUUUAACAACAGAAAUGUCGUUUUUCAAAGGAAUUCACUGGUAUAGAAAUCCAGCUUGAGUACCAGCAGAACUAACGAAACAAGCUAAAGUUUGUUGUUUCUUGAUUUAGUAUAUUGUCUUGGAUAUUAUCCCAACUUGUAAAGAAAACGUUUCCUCACGAAAAUUUACAGAUAACGGUUGAAGAUUUCGGUUAUUUUUGUGUAAACGGAGUUAGUGUUCACAUUGAUAAAAACAGGGUUGUGGUAAGUUUUUAUCUCCAACUUUCAUUAGAAAUAGUUGCAUGAACAUUUGAACUGUCUGUGCCAGUGUUGGUAGUGCCAACAACAACAAGCCUUGUUGGUCGGGAUGCGACCACCGAUCUGGAUGCGACUACCUGAAAAAUACAAGGUGAAAUUCGACGUUUCUAGCAAAAGCCCUUCGUCAGGAAGUUAGUCUAGUCUUCGAAGGCCCUUCGCUCGAAACGUCCAAUUUCUUCUUGUAUUUUUCAGGUAGCUUGUUUACCUUGUUAUACUGAACUUGGGCAUUUACUCUUUUGUGUUAUUUAUUUAUCUAUUUAAUUUGACAGAACAAAAUUUUGUCCAGAAUUUUGAAUGAAUGAAACAGGACAAACAUUUGUCGAGAGUUUUGAAUGAAUGAAACUAUACAAUCAUAAGUGACUAUAAAAAGUCAUAUAUAGUUAAACCGGAUUUCGAAUUUUUGGUUGAUUCUUGAAACAAUGCAAAUAUGCAAGGAUAUGUCUUACUUUUUCAUCAAAAUGUUUCCACUUGUGACUUGACAUGUGCAGUAUAAAAUAUAAAGAACGAUUAAACGUAGUAUUCUAGCGGGAUUUUGACCAUAGCAUUAUGUCCACUCCGUUUUCCAAUCCUUGCAUGAAACAGCUUACUGCCUGCGUGCGGUCUCGAGCUCAUCGCUAGUUUUUUCGUAUACUGCGAGGACAAGGCUUUAAGUCGGUGACAACUUGCAAGUACGUGCAUCACUAUAUAUAGUUAAAUUUAGGUCCUAUAAUAGAAAAAAUUAGAGUUUUAACCUUACUUUUUAGAGAAUUGAGCAAAUUGUCCUACAAUUUCUGUGGGAGGAAUUUAGGUAUGUUGUCUUGAUGUAGUUUAUACCUUAGCAUUGUGUUCCAGCUACUGUACCGCUUAUAUGUUCCGUGUAGUAUUUUUUGGACGUCAAAUCUUAUACAUUUUCCUAUAAAGGCUAAAACUACAGUCAACUGCCAAAGAUAUAACACUUGAAACACGCCAUCCUGGGAAAUCUACCAAACGAAAUAAGGUUUGUUGGAUUCGUUUUUACACAGGAUAUUUAACUGUUUGACAAUAUGUACAAAAUGCAUUGUACAAUAUGCCAGGGGUGGCAUAAUUUUUUUUCUUUCUGGGAACCUGGGUUUCGACCCAGGUUCCCAGGCUAGAAAUUUUCUGUAAAAUUUGCAAUAUAUGUUACAAUUACAAAAAUAACAAAACAAAUGCAUAUAAUUAUUGUAUUAUUUGUACUUUAGUAAUAGUAGGCUUUCGGCUGAUUUUCGUAUGCUCGUACAUGGCAAUAGUUGUCUCAGUAUAUACCACAGUUAUGAGUUAUGACCAACUAGUAGGGAUCUAACGUUUAACUAAGUAUCCUAUCAUCUUAUUUAUUCCAUCACUUUUAUUUGUUUACUAUUUAAUUUGCAUUUUAUUGGAGACUUUGCAGAGCAUAUAUUUACCAUUUUACCUCAUUGUGAUGGCAGGGGUGGGUAAAAGAAUUAAUUUCUGUUAAAUAUUUAGGCUGCUGAUAUUAGCCUGCAUGUAUACAGUGUAAAUAAAGUAGAAUAGUUGCAACUUGUAAGUUGAGUAAACAGAGUUAUCUCAAAAUGUUGAAAUAUUUUCUGGAAAAUUUUCUGCAAAACUCUCAACUCAAAAAAAAUUUCUGGGAACUAGGUUUCCAGGUUCCGAUACUUUUUCCACCCCUGCAAUAUGCAUUGCUUUAAGCUCUCUCUAUUAUUGCAUGACGAUUUUAGCUUUGCAAUAAUACAUUAAAGUUAUUUAAUAUUUUACAUUUACACCCGUUUUCAAAAUUACGCAACCUCCUUACCUCCCUGAAAAAUAAUCUUACUUCAAAUGUCACAAGAACUGCUAAAAAAUAGCAGAUGUAAACAAAGACAUUUUAAACCGGAUUUAAUACCGAAUGAACAAAAAUGAGCUAGAUAUACAAGCUAAAAGAAACUACAAACCAUCACAACAGAAAUCUGUGUCCGUGAAUGACUUUUAAAAUUUGAAAAAGAACAAUUUCCUCGAAUAAUCGAAUUUAACUGUGCAUCAAACCCGUUUGCGCUAGACUAUAGCGGUAAUAUUAUGAUUUUGUUGUGCUUAAGUUUUGCAAUAAUUUUCACUAAAAUAUUUAAAAAAUAAUUCUAAACCUUGUUAUAUAAAGCAUACAAAGCAUAUACAUCGAUAUAUAAUGAUCCGCAAAACUCAAAGUUGUAAACAACUUGAACUUCGUGACCGCAUGGCAUAAAACUGACAUGUUAAGGGUCCAGACACACCGGACGCGAUUCGACAACGCGACGCGAUUUUAGUUUUUGAAAGUUAAUAAAAGAGCCAAUGAGAGCAAAGUUUGAAAGAUAUGUAGACCAAAUAACUCAAAAUGUUAUAGCGCUUCUAAAUAUUUGGAAAAUUCAAACUAGGAUCAAAGUUAUCGGUCAGUGAAAAUCGAAAAAUCGCUUCGCGUUGUCGAAUCGCGUCCGGUGUGUCUGGACCUUAAGCCUUAACUCAAGCUAUUUUCGACUUGGUCGCGUAAUUUUGAAAACGGGUGUAAUCCAUUAAAACGCAAGACUCCCCCUUGACGAGUAAGAUCUUCUGACGUUAGACAGAGUAAAAUAAUAAAGUAGGGCGCAUUGCAACUUAAUGAGUCAAAAGACAAUGGCAUGUUGAAUAAUUAAGAUUUCAUAACUGUAUCUGUCUUUUCUAGAACCGUGCAGGACAUGAUGAAGUAGUUAUAAAAGCCUCCAUAACUAUUGGCAUCAAUCUUUAUUCAUUCCAUCCUCCAACGGAACUGGUAAAUUCUUUACACCUUCAAUGUUUGUUUGGGGGAAUCUUAUAACUGCAGGUUGAAGGUAAUUCAGGUCAUCGGUGCAGGUUGAUCAAAGGGUUGUUGGUUAUUUCCGCGCGGUGUUUGCCAAUAUAUAGAUUAAGUUAUAAAAUAUCCCAGUUCUGACUUAGGGUAUAGCGUUAUUUUGGUCAGCAAUUUUAAAGGUAUGAUUAUAUAACACAAUAUAACAUUUAGUUUACACUGUUUUACAUACUACAAGUGAUUAGAUAUACAGUACAACGAAUUCGUAAAUUAAAGCGAGCGUAUAGGGAGAAAAAAGAAUUCAGUAUAGUGAAUGGAGCUAGGCCUAUACAGGGUUCGUAGCGGUCUUUGAAAUCCUUGAAAGUCUUUAAAUUGGAAUGCAGGUCUUUGAGGUCUUUGAAAAGUCUUUAAAUUAUGUGAAAAAGCGAAGAAAGUCUUUAAAAGUCUUUAAAUUCUUUAGUGAGGAAUUGAUUAUACGAUUUCCUAGCUAAUAAAAUAGAUUGAUUGAAUCAAGAUUUUCGCAAAUAUCGACGAAAAUGCGCAUUUUAGGAUGUGAUUUGACGGGACUAAUUACUGGGUAAAAAUAUUGCUUACACUCGCAAUUUUUCGACAGCUGAUUGCUCUCAAAGGUCUUUGAAAAAGUCUUUGAAAAUAGGCAGAAAGAAUCUUUGAAAGUCUUUGAAUUUGUUUGGUCUUGGAGACUACGAACCCUGCUAUACAUCUCAGUGAAAAUCAAUAAAUGACCCUACACCUCCAUCCAUAAAUCACGUUGGACUUCCGACUUCCCCUUGCUAUCUUAAUCCUCGAAUAAAAUCCUGAAUCUAACCUAAACCCAGCCCCCUGAAUCUAAACUUGGGCCAAAACUGAACCACCUGCAACCUGCAUUCAACACCCUCUACCUGCAUGGUACUUGUUGUUUCUGAUUCAUUUGAUUUUUUAGAAAAACUCAAUAAUUCAUAUCUGGCUUGUUAAGAUUUGUCAAUUUUUUCAGUUAUGUAUUGCACCAAAAACAGAACACGUGCACGGUUCAGACAUCAAAAUUUCUGAAUUGACUUCAGUGUGGUUAUUUGCACGAAAUGCUAAGGCAUCAAUUCAAGGCCAAGUUGAUGGAGAUGAUGCUGUUUCGUAUGAGUUCUCGGUGAGUAAGAAACAGUAAAUUGAUGAUUAUAGAUUGAACCACGCUCAUCUAUUUUUUGUGUUUUAAACAUUUGUGAAAACCACAUCGUUGAAUUACAAUUAUUCUUGUGUUGGUGAUCACAGUACACUAUCGCCCGUGUUCUAAAAGCUCACUCACACUCACACUCAAUUAGUAGAGGUUCAAUCUGAGCUUCUCUUGAGUGCCAAUGCUGUUUUUGAAUAACUGGAGGGCGAGUAGUCACCGAGUAAGUUAUGACACUAGCCAUCCUGCUAUUCAAAAACAGCAUUAACACUCAAGAGAAGCUCAGAUUGAACCUCCACUCAUCGCGUGUGAGUGAGCUUUUAGAAAACCAGCGUAUGUCAUAUUCAAUAUAAAAUGAAUAAUUUUAAUUGCCUAAUUAUACAAACUGAUCCUGUACUGUAUCAUUAAUCAACUCUGCGCAUGUUCUCCAAAUGAUCUGGUAAUAUCCUGGUUGUAGCCUGAAUUCAUGCUAUUUAUUUUUAGGCUUCGGGAGGAGAUGCCUUUGUUCUUUAUAACUCAAGCAUGGCAAGACUUGUGUUCUUGUUUAAAGAAGCCAACGCUAACGGAACCAAAAAUGGUCUAAACGCACAGGUGAGAGAUAAGACAAAACAGACAGUGGUUGAUACUAGGCACUUUAAUCACUGACUUUCUCGAUCUGCACUUGCCCCCAGAAGAUCAAUUAUGACUUACCUGCUCAAAACUUACAAUACACGUUGCAGGUAGCAAAAAGUGAAGGUUUGAUCCUGGUAUACAAGUUUGAAGAUGGUAUAUUGACAAGUUCUCACAGUCAACUCAAGCACACAGAAAUUAACUUAUCUCCUUCAACGAUAAACAGUUUGGAAGAUCUGGUAACCAGAUAUGUGAAAGACAAUUUUGAAGACAGUCUGUACAAAGAAAAGGUCUCAGAGCAUAACGAAAGUAAGUCCAAUUCACUUCAUUUUGACCUAGGACCAACACUGAUAGAUUUACAAGCACACAACACAAUUAUAAAUGUAUAAUUAAUUAAAUAUUAAUAAAUUCAUUAUACUGAGUUCGUGAAUUAUUUUGAAUUAUAUGUAGUCAGGUGAAGAGAAAGAAACAGAUUCGGACCGAUAUCGCCACAGUUGAAACUGUAAAUUUUCUUCUUCAUGAAUAUAAAUUUCCAAAUUUAGAAUUUAUAGUAUCAACAGCUCGUAUUGUUUCACUCUGUUUCUUUGGCUGCAGUGGUUUUUAGAACAUUGUAGUGUUUUCACAUCAACUACUCCGCUUAAAAAUACUUCUUGACGUUUUGAGCUACAGUAGGGGUUCUAAUUCAGCCCACCUUCUAAGUGAUGUUUUCUGAUAUAUUUCUUAUCUCUUCCAGUUCCCUGUACGAAUGGUAAGUUAUCCAGUGAGGAUGAUGAAGAAAAAUGCGAGGUACGUGAGUCUGAAGUACUGUAAAUAAUCUACUCUUCCAUCAUGCUGAUAUACAAGAUUGUACGUAUAGCUAUUAGCAGAUGCGUGGAAAGUACUGUCUUUCAUGUCAGUUGACAAGCACGUAGACCUUUACAACCCAUAAAAUGAAUCCGUAAAAACGCGAUAGCAUUAGAAAGGAAUUAUGGAAUAUUGCACAGUACUGUACAUGUUUGUAAUAAAUAUCUCAAGCAGUCGAUAUUUUUGUCAACACAAACCUCAUGCUCUCACAAUCCAGUUGUUAAUUAACGCGACUACAGUAAAUUCUCAUAUGCAAAAUCAAGAACGGCUAUCAAUGCCGUCGUUAAUGUUAACGAGUUUAAGAAAGACCAUGCAGCCAUCUUUCACGGCCAAAACGUUGAUCGCCCAACCUCUCUAUUAAUUGUAUGUUUUGGCAGUAUCCCAUGCACUUGGAAUGUGUGCUUCUACUUGCCUUAUUUUCACAAUAUUUAGGGAUUAAUCCAAGGUUGCACAUUCUGUAUAUUUAGGUGGCGAUGGAAGCGGAAAGUGUCACCAUAAACGCGUAUUCUACUGAGAACUCAAGGCAUUUUGAAUUGAAGUUGGCAUUUAUUAGUUUAGGUAUUCCAAACAAAAACAUGGUACGUUAAUCAACAAAGAAAAUUGCAAAUUAGAGUAGAAUAUUUUAGUAAUGCAUGUAGGAAUAUAAUCACAUCAUUUAUCCAUUCACUUUCUCCAUACACUGUAUGACUGUAUGUAUUUUUUACCAAAUGAUAAAAGACUGAUAAGAUUGUUAGACCUCGUUUUUCUUUCAUACCAGAAAUAUACACAUCAGGUGUUUAGCAUUCGUGAAAACGUCGUUCUUGCCCAUCUCAUAUCCUUCAGCAACUGUGGUCUGAAAUUCUUCACAAAUAUUCAAAUCAAAAUUUGCAUUUUCUAUAAGCUUGUAUAGAAGUUCUAUAGAGUGUUUGAUAUCAUAAACAUAGAGCAAUACUGUAUAUGUUGUAACACAACAAAUCGGGAAUGAAUGUACCAUUCCUAAGCCCCAUACAGACAAGCAAGGUUUCCUUGACAAGUUCACCUUCUCGCCAACAAGAAGACUUCCCUUGCAAAGUUCUGUUGUUCGUGUGCACGGGAUAGUGUCGUAUAUAGAGGAUAUUACACUGCAGCGCGAAGAUAUGACUUUUAUCUUCGAGUGGUGAAAACAAUAUUUUAAGAACGAGCGCAGCGAGUGACUAAAGUAUUGUUUUUAACACGAGAAGAUAAAAGUCAUAUCUUCAAGCCAACGUGUAAUGUUCUAUUUAUUAUAUAGUCCGAAGCAAAAAAUUGUAUAAAUAGUAAAAGUCACGUGAUCGAUAUCCUCACUAGUGAAGAUAUGGAAAAUAUGUCACUGCGUAUUUUUCAGUAUCUCACUCUCUACUAUAUAAUAAAUGCAUUUAUCACAUGCCAAAACCAUGCAUAGAAUACUUCUUGUACACUUGUCAAGUUUUCCUUGGCGGCCGUACACACGAACAAAUUUUCCUUGUCCAAAAGCGGGCAUGACUAGCUUUGGAACAAGGCUCCCAGGCAUGGAAAAAUUGUCAAUUUUUGCCACACACACAAGCUAAUAAAACUUCUCAAGGAAAACGUCUGUACGUGGCCUUAUCAUACUUCAAUCUGAAACCAUAAGUAGGAAAUUCUGUUUUUCAAUUUUGUGACAGUUUACAUCGUUCUCUAUUUGAUUAUUUAGAUACGAUGGAGUGUUAGCGUCCCUUUUGAAUUGACGUUUAUUGAUGAGCAAGCUGGUAGAGGGAAGGAAUCAGUUUUAGGUUCGAAGAUCAAGUCAGAAGGAUUGGUCAAUCCAUGUGUUCUAAAAAUAGACGUAUGUCAUGUGUGUACAAUAAUGUUACUAUAGUCUCACUGCCAGUUACAUCAUGAUUGUUAUAAUUUGAUGGUCUUCACAUUAUAUCGCUUCGCUUUGUAUUGCACUGCGUUGCACUGUAUGACAUUGAAAAUUUGUUAUCACAUUUUUGAGAGUUUUAAGUUAAAUGAACGAAACCCCACAAUUUAGUCCUUUUGGCAUUUUAUGAAAAUAAAAUGAGGUAUAAAAGUCAUUCUACAGCAUCUGAAUUUCUUUAGUUUUAGCUUUUGACAUUUUAUGGCAAAUCAUUAACAUUGAUUUAUUGGCCUAGCUGAGCUACUAUAUACCUCAAAAAGAUUAACCGAAACGUCUAUCGGGAGUGCAUGUUUGUAAUCAUUUUGAGGCGGUUUACACACAAACCAUGAUGGCAGCUUAUUGUAGAAUACAACCUACACUAAUUAGAGCUCCAGAUUUUCUGUUAUAUUCUAUCGAAUUUCUACUUCCGAUCGAUAGACUAUCACUGCACUUUUGAGACAAAUUUCUGUACUUUUGAGACAAAUUUCAAAGUGCUGCAAAUGUAUACAUAUAUAAGGCGACUUUCAACCCUAUUUUAAUUAACUCGUAUACAUAUCUUUUUCUUCGGAAUUCUCAGGGUGAUGAAAUUUCCAAUAAAACUACAAGAUGGGAUGUCUCUUUUCACGAAGGGAUCCUUGUUGAAAUAAAACCAAAAUACGUUAACGCUCUAGAGACUUUUAUCAAAGUAAGUUAAUUGAGUGGAGAUGAUUUGUGGGGAUCUAGUAUAUACUGGAGUUGGGCGCGGGAGAAAAAAGAUUAUAUACUUAUUCGCUCCCUUGAACGGCCACUAUUAAUACUGCAUGCAUUUAUUCCAAUAUAGACUUACAAAUCAAGUGUUAAACAUGCCUCAAAUUCAUCAACAGAAGUUUUCGAACGGCACAGAAAUGUGCCGCAAGCUGAUGACGUCAUUGAUCAAGAUCGAAUUGCAUUGAGUGAGAAUUUAGACAAAAUGUCGCACCGACAAGAAAUGUGUGAGGUAAGCAUAUAUUCGUCAGAAUAUUGGUCUUUACAAUGCGCAUACAAGUAAAAAAAGGUUUUAUACAGUAUACACCUGUACUUCGAUUUCAAUGUGCAUAUAAAGGUCAUGUGACGUGCUGACGUCAGGAUACCUGGUUACCAAAUUUUUGUUUCCAUGAACAUUUUUUGUUUUCAUGCUUCAUUGUUGAGAUACUGUCGUGUAUGUGGAUUCAGAAAGUACUGUAUAGGAGAUACAGUACAGAUUUUGGAAUAGUCCUUUGCAAAUGAUAUCAUUUUACCACGCGCGGUUCCUCGCAGCACCCUCAACUUUACUCACGCUGUAAAAGCCAUGUGUGAUAUGAUUCAAUUAAUAUUAACUAUUAGCUACUAAUAUGAACUAUUACUAAUGACGGAACCAUAUGUAUAUAAACUAAGGCGAUUGAUAUUAAACUCUUUCAAACCUUACUACACUAGGAUACACUGGAAUGUGAAAAAUUUAAACUGCUAAAUGUUACUCAUUAAUCUUUUAUUUUGCGCAGAUAUCUGCAAAUAUAUGUGACAUAACUAUUGACGUUAAAGAUGGCUAUGAUCAGAAACUACUGCAAGUCGUUAUGAUACAUCCAAAGGUGUGUGAUUUACAAAACAGCACUUCUUAUUGAUAGAAAUUAUAUUCAGCUUCAUUCGUCACUUUAACACCUGCACUUCGUUUCUGAACAUUGUGUGCUAGCAUCUAGCUUUGUUGUUGAAUUGAAAUCUUACCAAUCUCUUUUUUACUGUGAACGGUGUAUUAAUUAAUAACAUACUAGAGAGGAGGAAAGUGCUUCUUUGACAUUUUAAUAUAAAUUUUGCGUGUCAUAGAAAUAUUCUUUAAUUUACAGCUGUUAAAUUGUGCUAUUGAAAAAAUAAUUUAGAAUUGCAAAGAUUAGUUUGUUGCAAGUGUUCACUCCAGAUACGUGUACGUAUUGCAUUUGUCGUUGGGUCAUGACCUUUAGACACGUCUCAUCGCUUGUGGUAAUUUGUAUUGUUUUUCAAUCAUAAUUAUGUAAUAAAUACCUCAUCUGCAUAAAACGAAACUAACAUAUUAAAGACAAUACGACAUUGUUCCUCUUGAGUCGUCCAAAUUUGUGAAGACAAAAACAGUAGAAGAUUUCGCUAGUAAAGAACACUGGAGUAAUGUCGCCAACAUAAAAGAUAUGUGA